GCUGAAUUACUUGUCAACGUCUGUCCUCUAACUUAUUUAUCUGAAGAUUCAGAAGAUCCGAGAAUCCUCUUGGUUAUAUAUUUCCACUGGACAAAUAGCCUGUGCCGAGCAAAAGCAUUUGGAAGUCCAACAAAGAGUAAUAUGGGAGAAGAGAGGACUGCUCUUCUAGGUUGUGUGGAUGAAGGAGGAUGGAGAAAGGCAUGCCUUUGAAGGUACACAAGUUGUGGACAGUGUACUUUGAAAUAUAUAUGAAAAUGUGUAACAAAGCAAAUAAAUGUAUGUAAUAUUUUAGAAAAUAAAUUGUGUGAAGGAAUUAAAA